CAUAAUCAAUUCGUUUUGUUGUCACACUGGUGUAAUAUUCAUGGCCUAUAAGACUUCAAGUAUCACAAGUUUUAUUGUCACACUGAUAUUAUUAGCCACAAUAUGUGAUGCACAAUUGUCUUCUACGUUUUAUGACGGUGCAUGUCCCAAUGCACUUAGCACUAUAAGAUCUGUGAUUCGUAGUGCAGUAUCUGAGGAGCGUCGCAUGGCUGCAUCUCUCAUUCGUCUUCAUUUUCAUGAUUGUUUUGUUCAAGGUUGUGAUGCAUCAAUUUUGCUUGAUGAUAGUUCUUCUAUAGAGAGCGAAAAGAGUGCACUUCAGAAUGCAAACUCAAUAAGGGGAUAUAACAUCAUAGAUCAAGCAAAAGCUGAGGUGGAGAAAGUAUGCCCCGGAGUUGUGUCAUGUGCUGACAUUGUAGCUGUAGCAGCACGUGAUGCAUCAUUUGCUGUGGGUGGUCCGUCAUGGACUGUGAAGCUUGGAAGAAGAGAUUCUACCACUGCAAGCAAAAGUAUGGCAACUAGUGACCUUCCACUAUUUACAGAUGAUCUUGACACCCUUAUCUCUAAAUUCAGCAACAAGGGACUCACUGCAAAAGAUAUGGUUACUCUAUCAGGAGCCCACACAAUUGGACAAGCUCAAUGCUUCACAUUUCGUGGAAGGAUAUACAACAAUGCAAGUGACAUUGAUGCAGGAUUUGCAAGCACUCGUCAACGUGGUUGUCCAUCAGUUAGUAGUGAUGAUAAUGAUAAGAAAUUGGCAGCACUAGACUUGGUUACACCCAAUUCAUUUGACAACAAUUACUUCAAGAAUUUGAUUCAAAAGAAGGGUCUUCUUCAAUCAGAUCAAGUUCUAUAUAGCGGAGGAUCUACAGAUUCUGUUGUGACCGAAUACAGCAACAAUCCUACAACUUUUAAGUCCAACUUUGCAGCUGCUAUGAUAAAAAUGGGAGAUAUU